AUGAAUCCCGACGACUACGAUUUGAGUACAUCGGAUGGCUGCAGAUGGGCCUUGACUCGAGCCUUGUUCGAUGCCGUUAAUGAAGCCAAGGCGGAAUGCUUGGAACAAAUGCAGCGGGAGCAGGCGGAGGCGGCGGCGGCGGAGGCGCGGGUCCCUCGCCCGAUACGACGGCGGACGUUUGUCCCCCGCGAGCACGACGUAGCGCACGAACGUCUGUUCGCAGAUUAUUUUGCCGAGAAUCCAAGGUGGGGCCCGAAUGUUUUUCACCGCCGUUUUAGAAUGAGCCGAGAUCUUUUUCUCCGCAUUGUACACACGUUGGAGGCCCGUGAUGAGUACUUCCAGUAUCGGGAAGACGGGAUCGGCAGACCCGGACUUAAGCCGUUGCAGAAGUGCACGGUUGCGAUCCGCCAGUUGGCCUACGGCACAACAGCGGAUAUGUUCGACGAGUACCUUCACGUCGGGGAUACAAUUGGCCGCGAAUGUCUGAAGAAUUUUUCCGGGUCGAACAACGACAUCAACGCCCUCAACUCGUCCACCCUAUUCUCCGAUCAGUGCGUGGGUCGCGGUCCGGCCAUUCAGUUCACUGCCAACGGCCGCACACAUCAUAUGGGGUACUACUUGGCCGAUGGCAUAUACCCUAGGUGGCCUGUUUUUUUGAAGACGAUCAGCCGCCCAAUUGGUGAGAGGAGAGUCUUGUUUGCGGCAAAGCAGGAGUCCGCGCGGAAGGAUGUGGAGCGGGCUUUUGGGGUGCUCCAAUCGCGGUGGGCAAUCGUGAAAGGUCCGGCGCGUUUCUGGUACAAGGAAGUCAUCGCCGACGUCAUGUAUGCGUGCAUCAUCAUGCAUAACAUGAUAGUCGAACAAGAACGUGGCCAUGUCACCAAUUGGGUGGAUGAUGAAGCCGAAUCUAGCUCCAGCACGGCGACCUCGCCGGUCACUCGAGGAUUACCGACUGGCUUCGGUGCGGUUCUAGAGCGACAGGCCUCAAUGCGCAACCAACAAGACCAUACUCAGCUCAUGACCGACAUGAUUGAAGAAGUUUGGAACCGCAACCGCCGCCGUUGA